UUGUAUUUUAGGAUGUCUACAGGCCAGUCGACUGUGUACCGACGCGACCCCUCAGCGGACGAGGUGGAAGCUGCGAACGCGGAGAUCGCACGGCAAGAGCAGGCUGUGGCUGCCAUAGAGCUUCAGAUACAGAAGCUCAUCUCUGAAAUAGCGAAGCUCAGAACGCAGCAACGUACGCACAAGGACGCCAUUCACCGCUGCAAGGGCGUUAUCACCCUAGCGCGACGCAUUCCCGAGGAACUUCUCGUGAAAAUAUUCGAGCUUUGCGUCGCAGAUGGAUGGACUCGUGCUCCCAUUGUGGUCUCACACGUUUGCUCUGCUUGGCGUAGGGCGGCCACGGCUCUUCGCGUGUGGUCACACAUCUAUCUGGACGCUGACAGUGUUGAUGCCUUGGGACGCACACGCUUCUGGUUGCAGCGGGCUGGCAACAUGCCCUUGCACAUCACUAUUCUUGCCUCCUGGCAUACCCCGCACACACAAUUGGUUGAUGCCGUCAGCAUUCUCAGCCGUCACGCAUCGCAAUGGGUGUCGCUCAAGCUCUCCAUCGACAGCCUAGCUAUCACCCUUUUCGCUCUUUCGAACUUCACACAACCGAUGCCCAACUUACGCGAGGUUGACAUCCAGGUGCAAUUACACGAAGGCGGUGAUAUUGACGACCAAUUCACCCUUGCCGAUGCCUUCAAUAUGGAAGUUGCUCCGGCACUGUCGGAGGUUCGCUUCAACUGCAACAUCCUACCCGCUCGCCUGAAGAUACCAGCACAGGUCAGCUCUCUCACUAUCGACAUAACUGAUAGCCCUGUGUCACACCCACUCUCUAAUUUGGCACUGGUCGACCUACUCGAAGGGCUUCCACAACUCGGACGCCUUACAGUUCAGUUACCGCUCGUAUACGAGGCUCAAAUGCUCGACGAAGACCCAGAGCGUAUCGUGGAUCUCAUGCGGCUUUCCUCACUUACACUCUACGGUCCGACAGAUCUAAACGGUCUGCUCGCUCACCUGCUAGCCCCGAGCUUAAAGGGGCUCUACCUCCGGUCGCUGGAGGAUAAAGGGUACCGCCAGGAAUCGAUUGGACCGACGCUGCUACAGUUCCUCCAUAGAAGUCAACCACCAUUAGAGCUGCUCGAGCUGCACGACAUCGAUUUGUCCCCGGAUACGUUCCAGGCUUGUUUCUGGGCCUCGCCAGAUCUGCGUGUGCUGCGUCUGCACGAGAGUUCCAUCUCUGAAAACACCAUCAGACUGCUCUCUGGUCGUAAUGCGAUGUGCCCCAAGCUCACCCACCUGGAUCUCCGCUGGUGCAGCCAUCUUGCGGGGAAUGCGCUCGUCGAUUUGGUACGGGGACGGCGACCUUCUUCCCUUGAAGACGACGGUGACUCUGGAAUGGACGGCUAUUCGGCGAUCGGAGUAGAGCCCAUAGCAGAAAUAGGGAUACUGAACUGCUGCUUCGUCUUGGAGCGAGACGUACUCCAGCUUGCGCGGAUGACUACAGUUCGUCUGUCUAUGCGCGAAGACGAUUAUUGCCGUAAGCAGUCAGUUUUGUACUGA